AUGAUCGUCCGCGUGGCUUCUUUGCUGAUGUGCUGUUGGUUAUCGUGCGAAGCCGUUUCGGUCCCGGAUAUCAAUAGUCUCAUCGCGUCCGACAGUGUCGUUUCGAAACUGGAUAAACGAUCGGCACUAUUUCCGACUCUUCCCACUAAGGACGCCGGGUGGAAUAAUUUGAUGGUGAACUUUCGAGACGCAGCGGAGCGCCAGGCGAAGUCGAACCUGAAAAAGGAAUCGGACGAAGGAAAUCGGGGCAGUGAUCGUGUUCGGUCAAAGAAGAAGAAUAUAAAGAAUAGUUCUGCAAAGCUUAGAAGCGUGGAAAAAGAUUUUGAGGGCGCCGUGCGCAGCGAUCAUUGGGGCCGGCUAAUGAAACCGGUUGAGGACAGCAAAGAUGGAAAAAAUAAAAGUCGUAGGAAUAAAGAAGAUUUUGAAGAUCGGUUAAAGAUUGAUUUAGACAAGUAUUACAAAGACACUAGUGAAUAUUCAAAAAGCGUGUUUCCAAAACCUGCGAAGGACUUCAUCGGAGAUGAUGAGAAACGAAGAAAGUUAAUACAAUUCUUGAUAAAUAAUGAAAAAGAUUUUGACAAAUACUUGAGUAGUUUUGUGAAAAGUGAUGGACGUGAAAAGAAUAAAAGCAAAGUAAAAUCAUUAAACAAUGCCAGUGCUCUACCUCAAACUACUAAGAAUGCUACGAAAGAAUCUAAAAAAAUGAUAACGAAAAGUUCUAGACAUGAAGUAACAGAAUCGAAGAAAAGUUCAAAAUCAGAAGUAAAAGCAACAGCCAAAGAUCAUGAAGAUGACAUAUUUGGAAAAAUGCUUCGUGAUGUGGAAAACCACAAACAUUCAAAACAUGAUUUGGAUGCUGACGGGAAAAGGCACGAUAGAGCGUUAUCUGCGUUGUCAAAUCUAAAUGCUGAAGCGUUUUCAAAGAUUUUCGGAAAAAUAAGAGGGCGUCCGAAAACCACUACUGUUAGUUCAACUCCUACUGGGCAGUCUAAUACUUCAACUUCCCUCACUUCGCCAGUAUCGUCUACUACCAGCACGCCCACAACGACGAUAACAACAACUGCUUCUGUCUCAUCUGAAUCUUGUGAGUGCCAUGAGGACUGUUCAGAUGAAAGUUGUGAAUCAUGUGAAUCAUGCGAAUCAUGUGAAUCAAAUGAACAUGAAACUACAACCACUACUGAUACUACUACUACAAUUGAAACACCCACGAUAACAACAACUACUGGGGCACCAAUUACUUCCACUUCACCCACUAAUACAGCAUCAACUGACGUAAGUAUGAUCACAUCCACGGAACAAAGUGGAACAACAACUGAUCAACCACUUACAACUGAUACCAUCACUACAACCACCGAUACUCAUGCAACAACGAGCACUACAGGAGCGUCUCCAUUUACUUCAGAGCCGCCCACUGCUACCACCACGGAAUCCACAACAACAAGAGAAUCUUCCACUCCAAACACUGAACAGCCUAUCAGUACCACCACUUCGACUGUGACAACAAUAGGAGAGACCAGUACAAGCACUGUUGGUCAUGUGACAACUACUACCGCAGGAUCUACUUGCGGGCCGCAUACCAGCACACCUUUUCACACAUCGACAACUACGCCUGCCACCAUAACAACUACCACAGAAGCAUCUAUCACAACCACUGAGCAACCAAUUACUACAACAACUUCUGUGACAACGACAACAGCAGGAACUCCCACAACCACGGUUGUGCCUGUGACAACUACCACUGGAGGGCAGCUCACCACCACACCUGCUUCAACAACGACUCCGGCCGGCACAACAUCUACUACAGAAGCAUCUACCACAACCACUGGGCAACCAACUACUACAACUUCGGCGACAACAACUACCGCAGGACCUUCUACAACCACCGUUGCGCCUGUGUCAACCACAACUGGAGGGCAGCUCACCAGCACACCCGCUUCAACAACGACUCCGGCCGGCACAACAACUACAACAGAAGCAUCUACCACUACCACUGGGCAACCAACUACUACAACUUCUGCAACAACGACAACAGCAGGAUCUUCUACAACCACCGUUGCGUCUGUGACAACUACAACUGAUGGACAGCUCACCAGUACACCUGCUUCAACAACGACUCCGGCCGGCACAACAACAACAACAGAAGCAUCUACCACUACCUCUGGGCAACCAACAACUACAACUUCUGCGACAACGACUAUAACAGGAUCUUCUACAACCACGGUUGCGCCUGUGACAACCACAACUACAGGGCAGCUCACCAGCACACCUGCUUCAACAACGACUCCAGCCGGCACAACAAGUACAUCUCCGGCCGGCACAACAACUACAACAGAAGCGACUACCACAACCACUGGGCAACCAACAACUACAACAUCUGCGACAACGACAACAGCAGGAUCUUCUACAACCACGGUUGCGCCUGUGACAACCACAACUGCAGGGCAGCUCACCAGCACACCUGCUUCAACAACGACUCCGGCCGGCACAACAACUACAACAGAAGCAUCUACCACUACCUCUGGGCAACCAACUACUACAACUUCUGCGACAACGACAACAGCAGGAUCUACUACAACCACGGUUGCGCCUGUGACAACAACAACGGAUGGGCAGUUCACUAGCACACCUGGUUCAACAACGACGCCGACCGGCACAACAACCACAACAGAAGCAUCUACCACAACCACUGGACAAUCAACUACUACAACUUCUGCGACAACGACAACCGCAGGAUCUUCUACAACCACCGUUGCACCUGUGACAACCACAACUGGAGGGCAGCUCACUAGCACACCUGCUUCAACAACGACUCCGACCGGCACAACAACUACAACUGAAGCAUCUACCACAUCCACUGGGCAACCAACUACUACAACUUCUGCGACAACGACAACCGCAGGAUCUUCUACAACCACCGUUGCGCCUGUGACAACCACAACUGGAGGGCAACUCACCAGCACACCUGUUUCAACAACGACUCCGGCUGGCACAACAACUACUACACAAGCAUCUACCACAACCAGUGGGCAAUCAACUACUACAACUUCUGCGACAACAACAACCGCAGGACCUUCUACAACCACCGUUGCGCCUGUGACAACCACAACUGAAGGGCAGCUCACCAGCACACCCGCUUCAACAACGACUCCGGCCGGCACAACAACUACAACAGAAGCAUCUACCACAACCACUGGGCAACCAACAACUACAACUUCUGCGACAACGACUAUAACAGGAUCUUCUACAACCACGGUUGCGCCUGUGACAACAACAACGGAUGGGCAGUUCACUAGCACACCUGCUUCAACAACGACUUCGACCGGCACAACAACUACAACAGAAGCAUCUACCACAACCACUGGACAAUCAACUACUACAACUUCUGCGACAACGACAACCGCAGGAUCUUCUACAACCACCGUUGUGCCUGUGACAACCACAACUGUAGGGCAGCUCACCAGCACGCCUGCUUCAACAACGACUCCGUCCGAUACAACAACUACAACAGAAGCAUCUACCACAUCCACUGGGCAAUCGACUACUACAACUUCUGCGACAACGACAACCGCAGGAUCUUCUACAACCACCGUUGCGCCUGUGACAACCACAACUGGAGGGCAGCUCACCAGCACACCUGUUUCAACAACGACUCCGGCCGGCACAACAACUACUACACAAGCAUCUACCACAACCAGUGGGCAACCAACUACUACAACUUCUGCGACAACAACAACCGCAGGACCUUCUACAACCACCGUUGCGCCUGUGACAACCACAACUGAAGGGCAGCUCACCAGCACACCCGCUUCAACAACAACUCCGGCCGGCACAACAACUACAACUGAAGCAUCUUCCACAACCACUGGGCAACCAACUACUACAACUUCUGCGACAACGACAACCGCAGGACCUUCUACAACCACCGUUGCGCCUGUGACAACCACAACUGGAGGGCAGCUCACCAGCACACCUGCUUCAACAACGACUCCGGCCGGCACAACAACUACAACAGAAGCAUCUUCCACAACCACUGGGCAACUAACUACUACAACUUCUGCGACAACGACAACCGCAGGACCUUCUACAACCACCGUUGCGCCUGUGACAACCACAACUGGAGGGCAGCUCACCAGCACACCUGCUUCGACAACGACUCCGGCCGCCACAACAACUACUACACAAGCAUCUACCACAACCACUGGGCAACCAACUACUACAACUUCUGCGACAACGACAACCGCAGGACCUUCUACAACCACCGUUGCGCCUGUGACAACCACAACUGAAGGGCAGCUCACCAGCACACCCGCUUCAACAACAACUCCGGCCGGCACAACAACUACAACUGAAGCAUCUUCCACAACCACUGGGCAACCAACUACUACAACUUCUGCGACAACGACAACCGCAGGACCUUCUACAACCACCGUUGCGCCUGUGACAACCACAACUGGAGGGCAGCUCACCAGCACACCCGCUUCAACAACAACUCCAGCCGGCACAACAACUACAACUGAAGCAUCUUCCACAACCACUGGGCAACCAACUACUACAACUUCUGCGACAACGACAACCGCAGGACCUUCUACAACCACCGUUGCGCCUAUGACAACCACAACUGGAGGGCAGCUCACCAGCACACCUGCUUCGACAACGACUCCGGCCGGCACAACAACUACUACACAAGCAUCUACCACAACCACUGGGCAACCAACUACUACAACUUCUGCGACAACGACAACCGCAGGACCUUCUACAACCACCGUUGCGCCUGUGACAACCACAACUGAAGGGCAGCUCACCAGCACACCCGCUUCAACAACAACUCCGGCCGGCACAACAACUACAACUGAAGCAUCUUCCACAACCACUGGGCAACCAACUACUACAACUUCUGCGACAACGACAACCGCAGGACCUUCUACAACCACCGUUGCGCCUGUGACAACCACAACUGGAGGGCAGCUCACCAGCACACCCGCUUCAACAACAACUCCGGCCGGCACAACAACUACAACUGAAGCAUCUUCCACAACCACUGGGCAACCAACUACUACAACUUCUGCGACAACGACAACCGCAGGACCUUCUACAACCACCGUUGCGCCUAUGACAACCACAACUGGAGGGCAGCUCACCAGCACACCUGCUUCGACAACGACUCCGGCCGCCACAACAACUACUACACAAGCAUCUACCACAACCACUGGGCAACCAACUACUACAACUUCUGCAACAACGACAACAGCAGGAUCUUCUACAACCACGGUUGCGCCGGUGACAACCACAACUGGAGGGCAGCUCACCAGUACACCCGCUUCAACAACGACUCCGGCCGGCACAGCAACUACAACUGAAGCAUCUUCCACAACCACUGGGCAUCCAACUACUACAACUUCUGCGACAACGACAACCGCAGGACCUUCUACAACCACCGUUGCGUCUAUGACAACCACAACUGGAGGGCAGCUCACCAGCACACCUGCUUCGACAACGACUCCGGCCGGCACAACAACUACUACACAAGCAUCUACCACAACCACUGGGCAACCAACUACUACAACUUCUGCAACAACGACAACAGCAGGAUCUUCUACAACCACGGUUGCGCCGGUGACAACCACAACUGGAGGGCAGCUCACUAGCACACCUGCUUCAACAACGACUCCGGCCGGCACAACAACUACAACAGAAGCAUCUACCACAACCACUGGACAAUCAACUACUACAACUUCUGCGACAACGACAACCGCAGGAUCUUCUACAACCACGGUUGCGCCUGUGACAACCACAACUGGAGGGCAGCUCACCAGCACACCUGCUCCAACAACCACUCCGUCCGAUACAACAACUACAACAGAGGCAUCUACCAUAUCCACUGGGCAAUCAACUACUACAACUUCUGCGACAACGACAACCGCAGGAUCUUCUACAACCACCGUUGCGCCUGUGACAACCACAACUGGGGGGCAGCUCACUAGCACACCUGCUUCAACAACGACUCCGGCCGGCACAACAACUACAACAGAAGCAUCUACUACAACCACUGGACAACAAACUACUACAACUUCUGCGACAACUACACCCGCUUCGACAACAACGCCCGUCACCACGACUAGUACAGAAGGAACUACGACGACCACGACUACAGAAGCUUCUACUACAACCACUGAACAAAUGAUUUCGCUUACCAAGACCCCAACCACAACCACUGAACCUUUUACAACUUAUGGCUGCCCUACGACUACGACUACCGAUGCUACAACGACGACAACCGGAGAUAUUACAGCAUCCACCACCACCACUGACGCAAGUUCUACAACUACUAUGAAAACAACCACAACCACUGACGCAUGUACCACAACAACUGCUCCCCGACCAACCACAACCACUGACGCAAGUACCACAACAACCACUAUUCAACCAAUCACAACCACUGAUGCAAUUACAACAACUACUGAGACACCAACCACAACCACUGAUGCAAGUGCGACUACAACUUCUACGCAACCAACCACAACCACGAAUGAAAGCACGACAACUACUUCUACGCAACCAACCACAACCACUGACGCAAGUACUUCAACAACUACUAUGCAUUUAACCACAACCACUGAUGCAAUUACAACAACUACUGAGAUACUAACCACUACUACUGAUGGAAGUACGACAACAAUACCAACCACAACUACUGUUGCAAGUACGUCUACAACUUCUACGCAACCAACCACAACCACUGACGCAAGUACGACAACAUCUACUAUGCAAUCAACCACAACCACUGAUGUAAUUACAACAAUUUCUGACACACCAACCACAACCACUGAUGCAAGUACGACAACAACUUCUAUGCAACCAACCACAACCACUGACGCAAGCACCACAACAACUACUAUGCAAACAACCACAACCACUGAUACAAUUACAUCCACUACUGAGACACCAACCACAACCAGUGAUGUAAGUACGACAACGACUUCUACGCAACCAACCACAACCACUGACGCAAGUACGACAACAACUACUAUGCAGUCAACCACAACCACUGAUGCAAUUACAACAACUACUAAUACACCAACCACAACCACUGAUGUAAGAACGACAACAAUUUCUACGCAACCAACCACAACCACUGACGCAAGUACGACAACAACUACUACGCAAGCAAACACAACUUCUGAUGCAAGUACGACAACAACUACUGAAGAAUCAACCACAUCUACUGAUGCAAGUAUCACAACAACUACUAUGCAACCAAUCACAACCACUGAUAAAACUACUACAACUGAUGAGACACCUACCACAACCACUGGCCCAUGUACCACGACAACAACGACUACGCAACCAACGACAAGCACCGAAAAAACCACAUCUACAGUACCAAAUUCCUGCUCGUCUACAACAACUACUCAAGAAACUUCAUCAACCAGUGCAGAAACGACCACUACAACAGAACAUUCUACGUCAACCCCAUCUACCACAGCACGUCCUCCAUCAACGACGACGCCCACACCGAACCCUACGGUGACGGGUCGCCUUUGUCAUCCCAGGCAUCCGUCGAAAAAACUGUCUUGCCCCGCUUGCUUCCGUAUCCUGAACCGGUUACUCAGCAAAGGCGAGGGAUACCCGUUCCGAAUCGAACGAACGGCGGCCGGGCUACGCACGGACGGCUAUACCCUGGGCGAGGUGAUACUUCCGCGCAGAAGACCCCUUGCCCAGUUUGGGCUGGAGCCCAGUUUUCACCCAAAGAACCGACUGAAAGUGGCGCCCACGAUACGGAGGAAAAAGGACGCCCAGCAGAUUUGUUUUCCGUUAGAUCAUUACACACUGUUAUGA